UGCUCUCCAAGUCUUUUUACAUUUGACUGUAAGAAAGGUUUGGGACCCCUGUCUUAGGCCAAAAGACUUGCUGCCCCGUGUGAGCAUGAAGCCAAAUCUUCUUGACUUUCCCAGGGAUCCCUUGCAGCUGCCGGGCAAACAGUACAUAUGCACACAUGCCCAAAUCCCAAAGAAAGGAAGAAAGAAGAUGGCAGAGUGGUGUGCUCUAGAAUUUUACCCCAGGCUUGUGUAUUUUUCAUUGAAAAGGAGGGCCAUCUCAGGGUCUGAGAUUAGCAAUUAUACACCCUUGGAGGGAGGCACACAGUGAUUAUGGCUUUCCUUCUCCUUUAAAUGAUAUGUGUUUUUGUUCUGCAGAUCUCAGACUUGACAUUUUACCUGCUGCAUGGUUGCUAGGGCUUAACAGCUCUAGCAACCAGAUAGCAAGUCAGACUAGAACUAGAUGAUAAGAAGAAAAGGGCUGAAUAGGAAGAUGAAUGGUAAGCAGCAAAUAAAAGUAAAGCCUCACCAGCAAUCUCUUUUAGGUUGAUGGGGCACUUGACCCCGACAGCCAGCAGCUAGAAGAUAGCAAUGAACAUUAACAGUUAUAGUGAAGAAUAGUUAAUUUAAAAAGUAACCUUCCACUUUAAAUAAUCUUCUCUCAGUGGGAUAUGUUCCAUGAUAAUAUCUCUUUAAUGCCUAUUGUAACCACUGGGUGGUUCCCAGAGUGAUAUACUGAUGGGACUAGAGAUUCCCAUCCAGACCCUGGAGAGACAGGAAGUGGUCUGCACACAAUCUCCGUAGAAGAUACAGUUUAGUAAUAGGAAGACAAGAACAGACUGGGAAGUGUAUACAACAGCUUUGGGGGAACGGCCGCAGGAGGGAAGAUGGCAGAUGGCGUGCAUGUUGCGCAUUAUAUGUACCGCCUGACUACCUACAUGCACGGCUAGUGGCACUGACAUAGUGAAAUGUGCUGUUUGACCGUUCCUGCUUGAUAAGGGGAGGUAGACAAUGUCUCUGAUGUUCGGAAAGCCCAGAGCACUGAAUGUCGUUAACAUUUCUGGGGCAAAUGAGCGCAAUGUGCACCUGGAAUGUAACAUUGUGCUGCUGGGGUGCAGAGGCGCUGGGAAAUCAGCUCUGACAGUGAAGUUUCUCACCAGGCGAUUUAUAAGUGAAUAUGACCCGUUCCUUGAGGACACUUACACCUCGGAGGAAGUAGUAGACCAGCAGACAGUCCUUGUGAGGGUUAUGGACACUGCUGACCAGAAUGGGCCUGUGAAUCCAGAGCGUUACUUACACUGGGCAAAUGCCUUUCUAGUUGUGUACAGCAUUGAUAACAAGAAGAGCUUUGAGGGAUGUUGCCAUUACCUUGAUAUUAUCUCUCAGUAUAACAGAGGCGCGCUUCAUGAGAACCCUGUCUUAUUGCUGGGGAAUAAAUUGGACAUGGAACGAUACAGGCAAGUCAGUAAGGCAGAUGGUUCAGCUCUUGCCUCCCGCCAUGGCUGUCUGUUCCGUGAAGUCUCUGCCUGCCUGGAUUUCCGGUUGGUGCAGCAGGUUUUCCAUGAGGCUAUUCAAGAGGUCAGGAAAGAGGCUGAAAGGGCUGCGCUUAUCAAACCACCACUCUACAUCACAGAGGAGAGGGGUCUCGGACUGCCCCAUAAUACAUCCCCAGGGGCUGCUGCCAGGCCUCCCCUCAGUACCCUUUCUCCUCUUACCUACAAGGAGAUUCCCUCUGUGGCUCAGGCCAAACUUGUUACUGUGAAGUCCUCCAGAGCACAGAGCAAACGCAAGGCACCCACGCUUACCCUGCUGAAAGGCUUCAAGAUAUUCUGAUGACUGGAUGGCUGCACAGGUUUAGAAAUAUGAUGGGCUCCUGUUUGUGACUUACCUUCAAAAGAAAGGAGGACUGUGUGGGGCACUUUAUGCCAAUGUGCACAUUUGAUGGCGCUAUCAUGUGACAGAAUGAAGUAAUGACAAUGCAGUGAGGCGUAUGACAGUGUAGAAAGAGGGAAUGUAUUCGCUUCCAAAAAUCAGCACUUGCCCUCGCUGCAGCUUUGUAUCAAGUCUCACUUUGCUUAUUUAUUCACUAGCAAUAAGGGGAGGUUCUACUUCAGUGGACAGCUGAAAGAACAAAGUGAUCAUUCCAAGCACUUCUGCAAGUUUUGUCUUGAUCCUAAAUGUGGCAUAUAAACAUCUAUAUGUUGCUCUGUAUUGUAAUGGCUCAGGGCAGGAAUUACAGAAGAGCUAUGCAGGAACCCUAAAACCAUAUUUAAAAUGUAAUCAGAAAUGUAAUCAGAAAUGCCCAGCCUGUGACCCUGUGGGAUGGCAGGGGGAAGGCAACUCGGGGAGAUUAGUCGCCCGCGAGCAGGGUGUUUUGCCGCGGGCGACUAAUCUCCCCGUGUACCAGAGCCCUAAGCAGUUGUGAACCUCUGUUGCUAGUACUUCUGCCAUCCUCCUGCUGCCAUCGAGUGCAGGAACUGGUCCAAGAGCAUUUAGCCACAUAGAGUUGCUUAAAAACCUAACCAGCAGGUAGCAUCCAUGUGAUCGAACCUGUUACCCACCAUGCAUUGUUGGAUCAACCAGUAACAGAAAAUUAUAUUGUAUUGCCAGUUUAGAUGCCUGCACUCCACCUUAGUCCCUGUACAAAGUGUCCAGAGACCACUUGUACAAUAUGGAAAUCUGGGCUUUUGCUUCUGGGGCAGAGAGAAAAUGGACACUCUCCCUCAAUAAAACCAUGCCUUAUUGGCUAACUUUUUGCUUAUCUAUAGCAGUAGCUUUGAGCCAAUGCUAUUACUAAACAUUUGUGGGCCCCACUGUAGAAUCAUUUCAGGGCACCCAAAAAAACUAAUUAAUUAUGUGAGAUGAUAACCACUAUGGAUCCUUGGUCUAGAACUGGGUCUUUGUGUUAAUGUUGCCUUUUUUUUACUCCUCGUGUCUGCAUCAAAUGCUAAAUAAUGGAAUAAUCCACUAUCUACUAUGGCUGCCGUUAUCAGAGUGCAAUGUGCUGUUCCAGGCUUGUGGACAGAAUGUGCCAAGCGCUGCUACAGUUGCCAGCGGCAGGGAAAGAUUGUUCUGUUAGAAGGUACAGUACCUAAGUCAAACACAUUCCAGACAGCAGACACAUUUCAGUUGUAUUAGUUCCAAGAAUGAAUGCAUUUGAUACACAGAAAGAAAGGAAUAAGCAGACAGUAACCAUGAUGAGAGGCUGGAAUUUCCUGUGCUCUGUGGAAUGACGGAAAGAGACGAGAUAUUCACUUUUUAUGAACAGGAUAAAACCAAAGUGGAUUCCUGGUGUCUGGCAAUUCAGAGUUCGCUAAGUUACUGUACAGUGUGCUGGAUAAUAAAGGCAAAAUAUCACUGAAGCCCUGGAAUUUGUUUUGUCCAUGUCAAAGGCAAACCACAAAGUAGUUCUGUGCAGUUCCCAGUGCUCUGGGGGCCAGUAGGUAAAGUGCAACAAUAGAUGGCUCUAUGAGCAACAGGUAGAAAGGCUGACCUUCUGGUCCCAUUAAGAACAACAUAGUAUAUCCCAUUCUUUGUGUCAUGUGAUUGAUACAAUUCAUACUGAUACACACAGGAGAAGGCUCAAAAGCUAAAGGAUCUGUAAGAGAGCCCCUUAAUCUUCUAGUGUCCCCUCUGAAAAGGAAUCCAAGUGCAUGGUACAUUCCAGUGGGAUAAUAAAAGUUAGCCAAUGAGAGAAAGAAAUCCAUAGUACUUUUAAGAUACAGAAUUUUAUGAACACCACAUCUCUUAUGUAACAGAAAACGGCAGCGCUAUUUAGGCAUGUAUAAAGUAUUACAGGUAGGGGUCCUGUUAUCCAGAAUGCUCAGGGCCUGGGGUUUUGUGGAAAAGGGAUUUUUUUGUAAUUUAGAUCUCCCUAUUUCUACUAAAAAGAAAUUAUUUUAAUAUUAAUUAAACCCGAAUAUUAAUUGUUUUGCCUCCAAUAAGAAUUCAUUAUAUCUUAAUUUGGAUCAAGUACAAGGUACUGUUUUAUUAUUACAGAGAAAAGGAAUUAAUUAAAAAAAUUAAUUAUUUGGUUAUAAUGGAACCAAUAGGAGACAGUCUAUCUAAAAUUCUGAGCUUUCUGGAUAAUGGGUUUCUGGAUAAUGGAUCCUAUACCUUUAUAAGUAAAUUAUCCAGAAGUAAUAUUACAACAUCCAUUUAACUAUUUUAUGCAACCCACAGUCUCACUGAAAACAUGGGUUUAUUUUAAAUUAAAAUUAUAUAGCUAGACUUAAAACAUAAAGGCCAUAGGCAGUCCACAGGUACAAUAUCUGACAUCCCCUGAACAAUUCAUGGUAAACAUCAUUUCAUUGCACUGUACUGUUGUCUGGCACACAACACCCUACAUUAACUGUUUUUGCUUGCAACCAGCCAUCCAAGAGUGCAGGGUACUGUCAUCUGAAUACUUUUUAGUACUCACAUACUUGUAGUAUCCUUAAAAUCCUUGCUUGUACCCCUAGAUACAAGUCCAGCUUGAAGGUCUCUUAGGGUGAGAAUUGGGAAGAACGGCCAUGUUUGUGCUUCCCUAGAUACACCUGAAUGCCCAGCUUGAAGGCCGGUUAGGGUGAGAUUUGGGGUGAAUGUGUAUUUACUGUCAUAAAUACUGUUCAAACUAUGACUAAAACAACAAUUUUUUCUUACAUCUGUACCCAUUUCAUGAGCAAGGGGAACCUAUUAUUAAGGGGGUCUUUGAUUAAAUGCCCAUAUGGGGCAGGAAAUGCAUAGGGCUGAAUUAAAUUCUUAAUAAAUAGCGACAUUAAGCAUCA